CCACUAGCCUCAUCAACGGCUCACCUUUCAUCUCUCCCUCUCUUACAAAUCAUUUAUAAACCAGAUAAACCCCCAUACGAGAAGCGCAACCAACAACCAAAACCUCAGCAACAGGCUGCCUGAUCAGAUCCAAAGGGAGAGAGAAAGACAGAGAGAAUCAUGAACACUUUGGAAUCUCGUCUUGAAGAGGUAGCUUUUAAUUACGUGGGUCUUGGAGUUCUCAGCAUAGUCAAUAACCUGUGGACGUGGGUCGCCAUUUUAACGGCCACCAUAAGCUUCUGGAGGAUCAAAGCAGGCGCCAGAGCAUCCUCAUGCUCCGUCAAAUCUGAGGAGAAGCCAACUCGGGUUGACAGAAGAACAGUCGGGUCUGAACCGAAUCUGGGGACAUCGACGGAUGAGGUUUCUUCUAUUGCUUCUCCAGUUAUGGCUGCGCCUAUUAUCCCGUCUGUUUGCAAUGAGGAAAUUACCAAGGGCAAGUUUAUAAUGUAUUACGAGGAUGAGGGAGAGAGCGAUGGAGAGUUAACGGCGGUUAGAGAGUGGAGAAACAGAGAAGAUGAGGGUUGUGGAGAGUGGUGGGAGGUAUGGGAGAGAGUGUUGAGAAUGAGAAGAGGAGAGGACUGGUACCGGUUUCUGGAUUUGACGUUACUAAACGGCAACGUGGUGAGGCUGUGGGAUGGGAAUAGUAGCGCAGAAUACCGGCCAAGGUCCUGUUUGUUUGGUAGAUGAUUAAUAAGUUUAAAGCACUUUAAUAGGAGCAUAGUUUUUUUUUUCAAGAUUUAUUGUUAAUGUAUUGUGGAGGCUAUUAAUUGUACUAAACUCUGUCUCAGUUUCAUAUAUUUCUUGAUAUCAAAAGGAAAAUAUUAUAUAUAUAUAUAUAUAUGUAUUUGAAGCAUGAUAUAUUAAUAUAAGCCAGAUUGGCACCAUCACAACUCCAA